AUGAGUUUGUGGGGACAGAUUUUCCGGCGAGGGAAAAUGACCCAAUCCAACUGCCAUGUGUUUAUCAACUAUAGGCGGGUCGAUACGAAUAAAAACGUUGCAGGGCUUUUAUACGAUCACUUCUCUAGGCUGAAUUUGAGACCGUUCUUGGACAGCAAGUCAAUGAAGCCGGGGGACAAGUUAUUCGAGAAAAUAAACGCGGCGAUACGUGAUUGUAAGGUAGGGAUCGCCGUGUUUUCGCCGAAUUACUGCAACUCCUAUUUUUGCCUCCAUGAGUUGUGCAUGAUCAUAGAGUGCAAGAAGAGGGUUGUUCCUAUCUUUGUUGACGUGAAACCCUCAGAGCUUAGGGUUUUGGAUAAUAGAAGCUGUCCAGCAAAAGAAUUAUUUAGGUUUAGAGAGGCUAUUGAAGAGGUCAAGAACACUGUUGGUUUGACAUUCGACUCAACAAAUGGGGAUUGGUCGGAACUGAUUAAGAAAGCUUCGGAUGCCGUUAUGAAAAACUUGCUGGAGGUUGAAGGAGAGACACUAGGCUGGAAGCAAGUCAGAGGUUACGCUGUUUCAGCUGAUCCUAGUGUUGCUGCUAAAUAUUUGAGGCUGUUGUGGCAACUAUAUAUAAUUGCAUAUACUUUUGGGAAGAUUCAUGUGUGUAUGGAGAUACAUGAAUGCAUUAAAUAUGAGGAGUUUAAGAUGUAUGUGUAUGUCCUAUAUAAAGGGGCAUUGAUCAACGGAGAUGUUAUUUUAUAUAAGUCCAAUAUAUUCCGCUGUAAUGGAGCUCUGUACGGCGUAGAGUCGUACAUCUCCGAAAUAGCUAUUAUAAUCCUAGAAGUGAUCCUAGAAGUGGUGAUUGAUCAUCUUUUGAUGACAAUGGAGACGUAUUGUAGGAGGAUGGAAACAAUUGGUGCUUAG